AUGCAGUCCAACGCAGCCUUGUUGUUACCUUGGGAAACUGGGACCAUGAGGGCAGUCUUUUGUGAUGAUGUUUUGCCUAGCAUGGACUAUGGACCUGCUGACAUGUCUGACACGACCAUGCUUGCGUUCACAAGUGCAGAGCCAUCCACAACGGGUGCACUCACUGCAGCGCCCACCUCAGCUCAGCCGGCAUACAUGAGUGCUGUGAAGUGUUUGAGGGAUCUGGACUACAUAGAUGAGAAACGUGUUCAGAUGUCUCUUGCUGCAUCACGGUGGAUGGAAAUUCUAUCUAUCAAUUGGAACGCAUCACAGGUUGGAGAACAGAUUUCAAUGGAUUUACAGGCCGAUCCUACGGGGGCUCUAGCAGAGCAAUCGCUGCAUGCAGUCUUUGGCACAAAGUCUGCAACAACUAUACUGAAACGUGCUGCAAGCCUCAAACAGUACAUUUCAUGGUUUCACAAGACCUGUUUGGAAUCGGAAGUUUACUUGUGCCCACUGCCUUUGAUGGAGGCAGCAGCCUGGUUGAGAAGAUUGCUUGAUGGAUGCAAAGGGGCUUCAGAGAUCCGAGCCCACUCAAUGAAGGUUACGUUGUGCGUAUGGGCAGCAAGGGCUGGGUUUAGCAAGGAGCACCGUGCGACAUUGAGCCACCAUGCAACAGCUUUGAAUGGAUCCGAUGUUGUCUAUUCGCGUGAGCUUCAGACUGGUGCAAUUCGCAAACUACAGAUGCUGCUCAAGAAGAUCCGAGUUGGCUUGGACCCUAGGACAGAACAGGCGCCUUUGGAUGCCAUUACAGCAGCCUUUGACUCAGGACACAAGAGUGUUGUUAGGACACCCAUGUUUGAGAGCCGUGCCCCUUGCACACCUUUGCCUGUUGUCGAAACCAAUGUUCAACAAGCUGAGAAACAUGUUGAGUGCAAAGUUGAAACCAGCUUGCAUGAUCUGUGCGUCCUGGCUGCCAGCGAGACAGCACCAUUUGGCGACUUCAUCCAGGACAAAGGACUGAUUGCCAUUGAUAGUUCUUCUGGUAGUGAUUCAUCAAGCAGCAGUAGCGAUGAAGAUGAUGACAGUUCAGAUGAUCAUUUUUCGAAUGCGUUGCCUGGCCCUGUUUACUCAGAAACUGUCCCAGAAGGUAGCUCUUAUUUCGUGCACAAGAAAAGCAAGAUCAUGCAUCGAGCUCGGUCAGCGGCCUCAGUGACCUUUUGCAAGACUCACCUCAAUGACAAUUUCAAAGAGACAGAAAGGAAGAUCUUUUUCAAGUAUCCAAAGUGCAUGCGGUGCUUUGUUCACGACCACAAUCGUUUGAAGACGGUUGAUGCAGUAGUGAAAGCACUGGAUAGCUCGGCAAAGAGACGCAAAGUCCUCUGCACCACACCUUUCACACGAAUUUGUUUUGAUUUUCAUUUCUCCUCGAUUGCUUGUGCCAUGAGUCUUUUACUGGAAUCAGAGGCCCAAUUCGCCUCACGUGCAAAAGAGGUAGGCUUGUCAGAACAGGUCAUCAAUGACCUUAAGGCUGCAGGAGCUGGGACCUUGUCAAAGCUUGCCUUUUCUGUAGGCCAACCAGGUGUUCCAAUUUCAUCGCAAGAAGUUGAUGCAUACCUUUUGAGUGCACUAGGCCGUCAGCCUGUGCUUUCCGAAAACAAUGCUGUACGUAGGCUGGCAUUCGAAGCCCAGACACUUUUGGUGGCCAGUUUACGGCAAAUAGUGGAUCAAAAGGAGGACGGAGCACCAAAGAAAAUAGGUGCAGCGGAGAGAGAAACACGUAUGGCAGCCAUACGUUUGGAACUUGGAGGACUUUCAAUUUGUGAUGACAAUGAGCCAUCACACACUUUGCUGGAGAAGGCUUGCCAGAUUUUUGAAUCAAACACCCUGUGUUACCUUGAGCCAUCGACGUGCACUUCACGAACACAAGAGGUGCAGGGUGGAACGAAGACCAAAGAGUUGGCCUUUGAAGGUGGAUCGCUUGUCGUGAAAGACAAGGACGAUAAGUUGGUGGCACCGACUGCAAGUGAGUUACAAUUCCUUGGUGCAAUGACUCGGCGUGGAAUCGCCUUCAAGUUUGCCAGGCUCAUGACAUAUGAGCAGCACUCCAUUUGGACCAAUUUCUUGCUGCAGUCGCUUCAAAGGGAGGUCGAUGCAGCGACACUGGUGGAAAAUCCGCGACAGGUAGCUGCGCUAUUUCGACGUGAUGGUCUUGUCAGGGUAAAACGCAUCUUGCCACAAAAAAUUGCGGAGGCCGUUUGCAACCGUGUACAUCAAGAACUCCAAACACGGAGAGCUGAAGGUGAUGGCAAGUACUUUGGAGAUGUCUAUGGAUAUGAGGACACGGGACAACGUUGGGAUUUGAAACUCCAGUUGUCUUCUGAAGUGAAACAGGCAUUGACCCUGAUGCUGCAGCACGUUCAAGGGGUGCUUGAGUCCUUGCGCCCAUCAUGGCAGCUGACAGAACUUGCUGCCAUGUGCACCUUUCCAGAGGAUCCGGGGCAACCAGUACAUGCAGAUACCUCCCAUGUCUACGAUCAGCAGGUGGUGACCAUCUUCGUUGCUCUUCAUGACAUAUCUCCUGAGCGAGGACCCACAAAAAUGUAUCCAAAAAGUCACAUGGAUGGAGAGCUUCACUUGGGAAUCAAGGAGGUCGAUGAGAGUAGCGCAGUUCUUUGUACAAUGUCCUGCGGAGAUUGCGUGCUGAUGGAUAGCAGACUCCUUCACUGCGGUACUGCCAACACAUCUGACUUGCAUCGCUUCCUGUUUUAUUCAUCCUGGAUGCCGCCUGCCCGGAGGUCAAGAGGCUCGACGAACACCAUCCUGCCUGAGUACGAGGACGGGCUGUCGCUACGGGAUUGGCAACAGUGGACCUCAUGA